UCACUUACCCGGACGUCUUGCAGUGCGUCAACGUCACCAUCUUCUCCACGGCCGAAUGCCACCGCUUGUACCCCGGUUCCAUCACCGACAACAUGCUGUGCGCCGGGAGCCUUCAAGGUGGGAGGGACUCAUGUCAGGGGGACUCUGGAGGACCUCUGGUUUGCAACAAGACCCUCCAAGGCAUCGUGUCCUGGGGCAUGGAGAAGUGCGGCCAACCCAAGCGCCCCGGGGUCUACACCAAGGUCUGUAGAUACGCCCAAUGGAUCCAUAAGAUCAUGAAGGACAACUGA